ACUCCUCACUAAUCAAAAUGGUUGCGAAGUUCGUCGUUUUCUUUGCCCUCGUGGCUCUGGCCAGUGCAUCAGACUUCUCCAGCUUCUCGUACGGCGUGGCCGACCCCUACACCGGCGACUUCAAGAGCCAGGUGGAGAGCCGCGCCGGAGACAACGUGCAGGGCCAGUACUCGCUUCUGGAGUCGGACGGCACCCGCCGCACCGUGGACUACGCCGCCGGCGCAGAGGGCUUCAACGCCGUGGUGCGCAAGGACCCUGCCGUCGUCGCCGCCGCCCCAGUCGCUGUCGCCGCCCCCGCUAUCGCCGCCGCCCCCGCUCUCGCCGCCGCUCCCGCUCUCGCCUACGCUUCCCCCUACGGUUUCGCCAGAUUCGGCGCCUACGGCUACCCCUACGCUUACAACCGAUUCUUCUAAA